UUAAAAGCCAAACAACUGAAAGAAUAAUUCAAGUGAUUGUAUUCAUAAAAUUGACAUAUCAUCAACAUAAACAAAAACAAUAAUAACAAUUGAUUUUUCAUUGAUUUAUUUAUCAUAACAAUGACAAAUAUGAUAAUGACAAUUGUCUUGUUUUUUCAAUAUUGGUACUCGAGAUAUUUACUUGUAACUGAACUUUACAUGGUUGAAAAAUGGGAAAGAAUUUUAGUCAAUAUUUUUUUUGUAGUAUCACUUACAUUGAUACUAUUUUUUAGCUACAACGUAUUAUUUUCUACCACAAAUUUAUCUAUUAUUUAAUAAUAAUUACAUUAUACAAACAUGAAAUUAUUAAUCAUUAAUUAUC